AUGAUGAAGAAGAAACCGAGCGCGAGAGAGAAUUCGUCGCCGUCAUCGUCGACAGCGAGAGAAGAAGAGACGGAGUGGGAAAUGAGACCCGGAGGAAUGUUGGUACAGAAAAGGACUGCGCAAACGGAUGCUCCAACACGCAAUUUGCGUCUUCGAAUCGCGUACGGGGCUCUCCGUUACGAGAUCUGCGUCAGUUCCACGGCCACUUUCGGGGAAGUGAAGAAGGUGCUGAGUGGAGAAACGGGGUUACAGGUGGAUGAACAGAGAGUGGUGUACAGAGGCAGAGAGCGACAAAAUGGAGAGUAUUUGGACGCGUGCGGAGUGAAAGACAGAUCAAAAGUGGUGCUAAUCCAAGACCCUUCCAGCAUCGAGCGACGCUUCAUCCAGAUGCGUAUCAACGCUAAGAUCCAAAACGCACAUCGCGCAAUCAACAAUAUUGCUCUCCAGAUUGAUCAGCUCGCAGACCAGGUCUCUGCCAUUGAAAAGUCUAUUUCCAACGGAGUCAAUGUGCCGGAAGUUCAAAUUACAACACUAAUUGAGAUGCUUAUGAGACAAGCUAUCAAAUUAGAAAGCAUUACUGCAGAAGGCGAUGCUUCUGCCCAGAAAAAUUUGCAGGGAAAGAGGGUGCAAAAAUGUGUAGAGACCUUGGAUGAACUUAAGGUAUCUAAUGCAAGAAUAAAGCCUGUUGUUGUUACAACCAAGUGGGAGACCUUUGACCAUCCUCCGUCCUCCACCACGUGGGAGUUAUUCGAUUGA